CGUUGUUAGGAAGCCCGUUUAUUGACAAGGGGAGAAGGUGACUCCUCUGCUAGCAGCUCCGCUACUCCCACAUAUUUUAACAAAUAACCCAAAAUAGGAGGGUUGUGAGCCGGGUAAACCAUCAUGUCUUCUUUCGGGAGGGCGCUGGGAGUCCUUCGGGCCGGAGCUCAGGCUCUUAAACGUGGACCACAAAGAAUAACGACCCGAAAGGCCGGUGGAGGUCCGCACAUUGAGGCACAGUAUAGACAGUAUCCACAGCUGACCAAGAAACAGAAGUUUGAGUCAGAGCUCCUCAGUGGUGCCAUGUGGUUUUGGAUCCUGUGGCACUGCUGGCAUGAUCCAGAUGCAGUGCUGGGUCACUUCCCAUGGCCCGAUGCCUCCGCAUGGACAGACGAGGAGCUGGGAAUCCCAGCAGAUGACGAGGAAUAAGGUCAUGAGUGAUUGAAGCUGCCGGACGAGUCUCUGAACAUCUUCAGGAUAUUCUGAAAGUCACCGUUGUACAUAAACUAAUAAAACAUUUAAGUGUUAAA